AUGCUGAUCGAAGAAGAAGAGACAGAAAAGCAUAGCGAUUUGAAUUCCCCGAAACCCUCGUCUUCCACCAGCAGAAAUGCCUCCGAUGGCUUCGAAACUGCCAGUGACGGAGAAUUCGGAUCCAACGGUAGCGACAACGACGACGAAACCCAACAACAAGAGGAACAGCAAAGUCUCUCUCAGGCUGACGACGUCGCAUUGAAACAGAAAGCGUUUGAACAAGCAAAUGAUGUGAAAAUGGAAGGCAAUAGACUGUUUGGCAGUGGGCAAUAUGAAGAGGCAUUAUCACAGUAUGAGCUUGCUUUGCACCUUGCGCCUGACAUGCCAUCAUCUGUGGAAUUACGCUCAAUAUGUCACGCAAACAGUGCAAUAUGUUUUUCGAAAUUGGUAUGUUAUGUGGAUGCAAUCAAGGAAUGCACAAAAGCGCUAGAACUAAAUCCUUCAUAUAUGAAAGCUCUGCUUAGAAGAGCAGAAGCACAUGAAAAACUAGAGCAUUUCGAAGAGGCUAUUGCUGAUAUGAAAAAAAUCUUGGAACUCGAUCCCUCAAAUGACCAAGCCAAGAAGACCAUUCGUCGCCUGGGGCCGCUGGCUGAAGAAAAGAGAGAAAAGAUGAAAGAGGAGAUGAUUGGGAAGCUGAAAGAUAUGGGUAACUCUUUGUUGGGCCGUUUUGGAAUGAGCGUGGACAACUUCAAAUCUGUUAAAGAUCCAAACACUGGCUCUUAUUCUAUUUCAUUCCAACGUUAG